AUGAUGCAAUCAGUCGAUGACGUCAAGAGCACGGAGGAGACGAGCAGCCACCAUCGCCGAGGCCGCGAUGUUCCCUCCCAAGCGCCAUCUUCACGUCCGGCAACGGCAACGACAGUGGCCGCCCGGGCGCUAUCGAAUGCCGACAACCCUCUGCUCCUCGCCAAGAUGCUGGAUCUCGCAAGCAUCACGCGAAUCUCAUGGCUGUGCCGAAAAACGAGAGAGGGCUUUGGGCGAAAGGCGCACAAGGUCUGCCUGACGCACGGGGCGGGCGUGCCCGAAGACAGGAGGGUGGAGUUCUGGAUGUGCGUGCUGAACGUCAAGAAGGAAAUGGACGACAAGGUGGCGAGAGCAAAGCGCGAGAACCCGGGCAACUACCGCGACGUGUACGAGGCUUGUUUGUACGGAGAUGACAACGACGCGGUGGCCGCUCACGGAUGUGAGGGGUCACCCGACGCAGCGGCAGCGGCGGCGGCUGUUUUGGAUGCGGAAGCGAGCCUGUUUGGCGCGAAUGCCGCGAGUGUCGAUGGUGAUGGUGAUGGCCUGGCGAUGCCGCCGCCCUCUGGAUGGCGAGUGCUAAGCCGCAACGGCGCCGAGGGGGAAAUAUCCAGAGAUGUCGGCCGAACCUUCCCCCGCCAAGACUUGUUCAAGAGCCGGAACGGGCCUGGGCAGAACCUUCUCGCGAACGUUCUGAAGGCGUGCCUCAAGACCAACCCGGACGUGGGAUAUUGCCAGGGCAUGAACUUCGUCGCAGGCUCGCUGUUGCUGGCGUGCGCCACUCGAGACCCCGCCGUGGGGGCACCGUGCUACCCUAACUGUGACCGGCGCCGCAGCGUUCGUGGCGACAGCAGCAGCAGCGUCGUCGAUGAUGAUGAUGCUGGCGUCGGUGGCGAUGGUGAUGUGUCUCCUUUCGUUGCAACCGCCGCUUCCACGGCGUUGUCUCCCACGUCCGCCUCUGCGUGGGAAGAAUGGGACGAUUUUGACGGCAGCGGGGAGGACGACAGCCAGGUGCGCGUGUUUCAGUUCGACAAGCUGAUGCUGCGAGAGCUGCCUCGUCUGUACAACCACUUCAAGGCCAAGCAGCUGCAGCUAGAGGUGCUGGUGAGCCAGUGGUUUCUGACCCUUUUCUCGUACAGCCUCAGGCCGCCGAUGUUGCUCCGCGUGCUAGACCUCACCUUCACGGACGGGUGGAAGGCCAUGUUCCGCUUCGGCCUGGCCCGCCUUCGCAGCGUGGAGGACACCCUCUGCGGUCUCGAGCUCGAAGGGGUCAGCAGUUUCCUCCGCAACUUUCGCGACGGGGGGGACUACUCUCCCCCGCCGUCCCCUCCCCGACAAGAGGCCUCCUCCUCGUGGUACAACCGUGCCGGCAAGGGGUGGGGGGGCUUGGGGGGGGGUCCGCGUAGUGCAAGGGGGGAGGAGGGGGGGGAGAAAGCGCUACCCCGGCAGUGCUCGUCCGUCCGGCUGCUGAGGGAGACGGCAGAAGUGAAGCUGACGAGGAGCACGCUGAACAGUCUCCAGCAGGACUUCGCCGUUCAGCUUCUCAAGGAGCAUCUUCAGGGCGAAGGGCAAUGGCUUACCCGUUACGGGGACGCUCCAGAUCCCACCCCGGGUGCCGGAGCAGGAGUAGUCGGGGGGGAUCGGGACGGAGAUGUUGGUUUCAUGGGGGUUGAGGCGAUGACAAGGAUGAUGCUGUCGGACACCAAGCUGCUCAAGAAGCUAAAGGAGAGCCUGGCGAAGAUGGCGGCUCCGCUGCAGGAAGACGCGAGAAUAUUCCAGAAUAAGAUCACGGAGGCUAGCGAGAGGUUGGAGGAGGCGACGAGGGAGAGGACGAGCCUGUCGAGCGAGCUGCUGAGGCUGAAGGAAGACAUCGAAGCCCUGGGACAGCGCAAGAAGCUCGUCGCGGAUCAGAUGCACUUGUUGCUGGUGCAGUUCGAGCGCGACUCGGCCGUCUACACCCCAGAACAAGCCGCUGCGGGGGAAGAAGCAGCUCACGAUAGCAGCAGCAGCAGACAAGGAGACCAGGGCGGUAGGGGCGACGUCGGCGAUGUGGCGGUGGUCAGCUUGUCCCCCACCUCUUCUGCAGCGGGUUCCGCGGGCGGUUUCGUCCGGGAGUUCGACACUGGAGGCGUUGGCGAGGGCGAGGUUGAGAGCGACGUCGUCAGUUUCUUCAGCGGUGGCGGCGGCGGCGGCGGCGGCGGUGGCGAUGAGAACAGCGCAACUGGAGGCAUUGUCAUUGAGCCGGUGAACGAUGGCCGGGCUGUUGGUGAUCACAACCUUACCUCUUCUGCUGCGGCUGCUGGUGCUGCUGGUGCUGCGGCUGCUGCUGUGUCGGGGGGCGGUUCCAGCGAAGGGGAGUCCACCACAGGCCGCAACAGCAAUAACAACAACGAUUCCGACGAUGAUCGGUGCAGCAGCAGCAUCCGUAGCCGUAGCAGCAGCGGCAGCGGCUGCUGCGAAGGCGACAGCAUCGACGACGACGGACCGCUGAACGGAAGGACGCACCGGCAAGAGCACGCUCUUGGCCUUCCGGGAGCACCAGCAGCAGCAGCAGCGGCCGGUGCAGGCGCUGACGGGACGCCUUUCGCUGUCGCUUCCAAGCCUCAAGACCCCGUGGACGCAUCAUCGGGAUCCCCGGCUGUGAUAGCGCUUCCGAGAGGUCCGCUCGCCGGCAAGAACACGGAGAUGAUAUGGAACGCCGAGAGCGACCAUUGUUUCUUGCAGCACCUGCCGCCUCCGCCAUCCUGGAAACCCGAGAGCAUCGUGGUGUCCACUCUCGGAGAGGAGGGGACGGCGACGGCGGAACUUAGCCCUCCACCCCCAUCACGAAGCAGCGGCAGCGGCAACUGCAGCAGCGCCGUUGGACGAGCGGGCGGCGAUUUGAUCACCUCCAAGCCGCGGACCCCCCGUCUCGUGGCAGUAUCCCCGAGGCCCGGUCGGUCGUUCUCCCCGCCAUCUUCCCCCAAAGGAGGCUUUUCUAUGGGGGGAGGACCCCGAGAAGCUGGUAGCGGGGCUGGGGGGAGACUCAGCAUGGGGGCCCGCGGCGACGAUGAUGGCACCGCUCGGGGUUUCGGCAAGGCCGCGGGCGGCGACGGAUCGGGCGCGGAAGAGAAAGACACCGCUUGGAGACGCCUUGCGAAGUGGGUCGGCAGCAGCAGCGGCAGCACCGUCGGUGGCGGCGGCGGCGGCGGAACCUCCGCAGCUGCCGCCAAGCUGGCCGCGGUGGCGAGCGCUGGGUCGUCGAUGUCCUACUCGAGGUGGUUCCCGGGAUCGAGGCUUUCGCCGGGGUCGGAACAAUCGGGGGCGUCCUUGUCUCCAACGCCGUGGUCCCGCCGGAGAGGUAAGAAAGAGCGGCCGACUCCCACCCUCAUGGAAGAGCUGUACCAGGACCUUGCGCAGCUGCGGACCCGGCUUGAGGAGGUGCAGGCCGGCAUUGACGACAAGUCCGACAUGUACGCGACGCUCUACCACAGCUACACGCGGGUGCUGACGGAGGCCGAGGAAGCCGAGGAGCUCAAGCGCGCCCUCUCCUCCCAGAUGAUACAGCUCCUCUUCGAGCAGGAGCAGCGCCUCGAGGGGUACCUGAGGCAGUGGAUAACCUUCGACGGCGGAGCCGGCCCUGGUCUCCUCGCGGCGGCGGCGGCGGGGGGUACUGGUGGUACUUUCCCCGGCGCGGCGUGUGGAAACGGCGGCACCAGAUCGGGACCGGGCGGGGUGGUGGGCUGCAACAGCGACGUCACCACAGCUGUAGCAGUUUCGACCGUGACCGACGCGGGGGUUGAUACAUCCCCGGGAGGGGAGGCGUCCCCUAGUACUGUGUCGACGAGGGCGUCGGGUGUCGGCCGCGGUGGUCGGAACGUUGACGGUGGUGACGAGGAUGAUGAUGAUGAUGAUGAUGGCAGCUUCGAGAAGGUUGACGCGUGGAUGGCAGACGGGGAGAGAGGGGGGGCCCCGCAGACGGGGAUGGAGGGGUGCAUCGUCAAGGACGCCGCGGCAGGGUUCGUCCCUCGAGACGCUCCCUUAGUGGACAUGACAUUGCUAAAUCCCUGAGACGCGCUACGUGCGGGAGAUGGAAGAAAUACAUUACGCGGUGUAUGAUGGUGGCGACUGCUACUGGUGUACUUUUUUUGAGUUUUUUUGAUAGAAGUGGUGUCUUGUGCGUGUUUCACUGUUACUUGUUUUGCGUUUUGGAGCCGACCCCCGGGGUUAGAUCACCCACUUGAGACUGGACCCCUGGCGAUCUCAUUUUGUUCGUUCGAUUGUUAUUUGCCAAGUGGCGGUGGUUCCGGCGGAGAUUCGUUCUUGCUGUGCCCUCAUUCCUAUCUUUUCCGCAGCAAGCGACGGUGUUGUGCUGAACAAGGGUUCCAUGGUCGGCCGCGGAUUUGCGCGGCACAUGUUGGUUUGCGUUUGGUUGUUUUUUUCACCGUUUCUUUUGUUUUUGAUGAAGAGGACCGUUGUUUUCGGCCCGUCAUUGAUGAACGAUCAGCUAGGCGGUUGCAGGUGGCCAUGAGACACCACACCCCGUCGAAGCUGUUUGGCAAACGUUUAGAACCUGUUAUACAACCCGUGUCGUAGGUUUUGGCACGUUCGCCCUUGCUCUAGUUGUUCAUUACAAAGAGAGAGUACUAUAUAGUAGUUUUUUGGGCGCGUUUAGAGUCCGAGGAGACCCAUCAUCAGGUGCCGUUCGUGUAGUUGGGCUGUUUUGUUUUUUUUUGUGCUGUGUGCAAGAGGGGCUCAGGUAUGUUCCGUUUGUGAAUGGGUUCCUAUGCGUGACCUGCUGCUGAUGCCAUGGAUGCAGGCCUCUGCUGCUACCAGCGGAUUCAUUGAAUCGCGUGCAGGAGAUGCGAUGCCGUGAGGGUACCGACGUCGUUUAGCCGUACCCCGAAAGCAGAAGUCGCUUUACCUCUUGUGUUGGGCCGAAGCGGCACUUGGGAUAACGGCCCUCGUAUUGAGUGAAAGUUCUCCGGGUGUGGUGCGAAUUAGACGAGAAAUCGCCUACGUCCAAGAGCCGGUGUUGGCUAGCGUUUUGACGUGUGGUACUCGAGAGAAGGCCGGGGGGGGGAGGGCUUAGGCAUCGUCGCUGAAACUCGAUUGAGCGCAUGCAUAGGACCACGGACCCCCUUGUAGAAGAACCUCUUAAAAAAUGUCUACUCGUUGUAGAGACGCCCAUCUUUUGCCAUAUUUUGCACAAUGGUGGAAGGGCGGGCAGGUAUUACUUGAGUUUGUUUGCUUGUGGGCCUUUCUUGCCUUUCGUGUAGGUCAUUCCACCCUGUGUGGUUCUCCCGUGUAAGUUUGUUGUUGCUUCCUUUUGUGUGCUGCUGUAUCCAUCACCUGCUUAUGUUUUUGCGUGAGUCCCGUGACGGUAUUUCCUGCUUCGUAGUGGAAAGAAACACCGGGGACGCACAAGGUGGGCUGCUAUGCAUACCUCCGUUGAAAAAUGCGGGUUCUUAGGUGGAGGCAGGGGGCUGACUCUGUGUUGUUGGGCGACCUACGAGCUCAUAGCUCUUGAUGGUAUCGCCCGUUUAUUUUAUUGGUCAACUCAGGUGCCGGGUAUUGGGAGAGUAGAAAAACAUUUUGUUUUGACUUGCCGGCCAAGUUACUUCGAGCACGUGUGUGCAGGAAUUUUUGUCCACUACCACCCGAAGCAUGGGGCAGUAAAAUGUGUUUUCGUAUGUGGAGAGCAGUAGGCGUGAUUGUUGGUGGGUUCUGUGGGGAUGAUCAGGGAAUUGAUCUGAUGUGGGAACCUAUUGGAGUGAGUUUGUUCGUGGUGUUUCUUCUUGGCCCUGCCGUGGGAAUUGUUGAUGUAGGUCGUGGAAGAGGGUUCUUUCCUAUAUCUUUGUUGGAGGCCCAUUCGCCACCUUUUAACCCCCCAGCGCUUUCUUCCUGCCAAGCAAGGCGUUUUUUUUGUGUCCCGCGCGUAUUUGUAGGGGGGAGUAGAGGCUUCCAGAAGGAAACAUAUUGUUGUGAAAAAGUUAUCAGAUUUGACGGCGUUUUUCUGACACCUUUGACGGCAGUACAGUACAAGUGUUGUGUCGGAAGGAAAUUCGUGGUGACGCCGUGAGGCGCUAGAGAGAGGCCACGGGUCUCGGCAGAGGGAAGUGACGAGGAGGGUAAGGUGCUUUUCGUUUUCCAACCGGAUGUUUCAUGUUGUUCUUACAUACACGGAGGAUAUAAGAACCAAACGUAUUGUUAAUUUAUUUCGGCUAUCUUAAUCUAAUGUUUCUUAGUUUUUUGGGCGGAAAACACAGCCUUCUGGUAAAAAAGAAUAUAGUCAGCACUCAGCGGGUGGAAAAAUUUGCACCGGCUGAGCGGUAUUUGGAAGCAUCUUUGCCCCUCACGCAUUUUUUUCAUGCAUUGUUUGCACCUGUGUUUUCUUCCUCCCAAAAUCUAACCUUUUGUUA